AGUCUUAUGUCGGUUUCGGUUUCCGCUGCCGUCUUGGAUAAUAUUUUUCCUACAAUUAAGGAACAAUUUAAUAAGUUUGUACCUUUUCAAGAAGGUUAUCGAUUCAGUGUGGAAGAUCCAGAUGGAAACGGUAAACGUGAAGAAUUGAAAUAUUCCGUAUAUGAUGAGAAAACCGAUACUGAAACAGUAACAAUGUACACGGCGGAUGAGGAAGGCCCUAAACCACCCUUUAAAAUACGGAAGUUAAGUGCCAAUGUUUUAAAAUCCGCUGCUGGCUAAUAAGACAAACAAUUGUUUC